UAUCAUGGCAUCAACCAACGCGCCACUUCCACCUUUCCUCUCAUCAAUCACACAAACAUGAGGGCAUUCACUGCUGGCGCAGCGAUAUUUCUCGCGGCAGUCAGUGAGGUUGCGGCAUGGGGAAAUCGAGGUGACGCCAAUGGGCCGCCAGGCUACGACGGAGGACUACACCAACACGGAAGCGACUUUCAACCGGACCACAUCUUGCGCGUGACUGCUGAAGAUGUCAAGAUCGGAUGCCAAGAGCGCCACUCUGUUGUGGUCAAUGGAACCACACCUGGGCCUGCACUUCGUCUUCAAGCAGGCAAGCGCCAAUGGAUCCGAGUAUACAAUGACAUGUGUGAGGAGAAGCUCAACACUACCAUCCACUGGCAUGGGCUCACACAACGCCUGGCUCCCUUCUCGGACGGAACUCCUCAAGCAAGCGCGUGGCCGAUUCCUGCUUGCCACUAUUUUGACUACGAAGUGUUCCCACUGAGGAGUGAAUGCGGCACAUAUUUCUACCACUCUCAUGUUGGUUUCCAAGCAGUCUCCGCGACAGGCGCGCUGAUCAUCGACUGCCCUGAUCCUCAACCUUACCAGUAUGAUGAUGAGCGAAUUAUCGAGUUGUCAGACUACUUCAAUCACACCGAUGAGCGUAUCGAGAAAGGCCUCAUCGCCAAGCCUUUCGUUUGGUCGAAUGAGACUAAUGCCAUUCUGAUCAACGGCGUGGGCGUUGCGCAGGAAGAGGCUCACCGAGCUGGCACAGAGGGAUGCUCCCUUCCAGUCAUCGAAGUCGAGCCAUGCAAGACUUACCGCUUCCGUUUCAUCGGCAGUUUGGCCAUCUCAUUGGUGCAAUUGGGUAUCGACCAACAUGAGAAUUUCACAAUUAUCGAAGCGGACGGGUCUUACACAAAGCCACAUACAGAAAAGUUCAUGCAGAUCACCACAGGUCAACGCUUCGAUACAAUCUUCAAGGCCAAAGACGAAGCUGAGCUCAAUGGGAAGAGGGACUACCUCAUUCAGUUCGUAACCAAGGAUCGUCCAAAAUCUUACACUGGUUAUGGUAUUCUUCGCUACAAGGGUGGUCCACCAGAAAUCACAAAGGGCCCUGACACCCCACCACUUACCUUCUCCAACAAGACCUACGAGUGGGCCGAGUUUGCGCUUCAGCCUCUGCACGACAACAACUUCCCUAGAGCGGAUGAGGUCACUCGUCGCAUCGAGCUUGACAACCGACAGAUGUCCACCGACAGCAUCGUCUGGCGUACAAACGGUCUGGAAUGGAAUGAAACCACUCCACCACAGCCCGGCGAUGUCCCAUAUCUCGUCGACAUCUACCAACGCGGCGAAGCAGCUAUGCCAAACUACACCGCAGCACUUGCAAACAAUGGCUGGGACCCAACAACAUAUACUUUCCCUGCUAAGCUCGGCGAGGUCCUCGAGAUAGUCUGGUACAACACCGGCUCCCUCGUAAAAAACAACGGCGGCCAAGACUUCCACCCCCUCCACGCCCACGGCGCGCACUACUACGACUGCGGCUCUGGAAACGGAACCUACGACCCCAUCGAACACGAGAAAAGAUUCGCAAACUACACCCCCGUCCUCCGGGACACCACAACCCUCUACCGCUACAUCGACAAAACCAUCGCCGGCGAACGUUUAGGCUACCGAGUCUGGCGUCUACGAGUCACAGAUGCAGGAGUGUGGAUGAUUCAUUGCCAUAUUUUACAGCAUAUGAUUAUGGGGAUGCAGACGGCGUGGAUUAUGGGGGAUUUGGAGGAGAUCAGACGCGUGCCGUUGUUUGAUGCGAGGGCGUAUUUGGAUUUUGGGGGUGGGGCUUUUGGGAAUGAGACGUAUGCGCCGUUGGUGAAUCAUUAUUUUGAGGGGGCUGAGGGGGAGGAGUGGGAGGAGGAGGUUGUGGAGGAGAGUGAAGCCGCUGAAGCGGGAGAGUCAUGAUGCGAGCGUGAAGGUUAUUGCUUGAUCUUUUGAAGUGUUUUACAUGGCGAGAGGCGUUGUGCAUGUAUGGGCAAACAUAUCAGAGAGAGG